UCUGCACAUCUGCGCCGCUGUUCUGUCAAGUUAUCCUACCAAGCCUACUACGCAUGCGUGAAAUCCAGGAGGGUAGGAAAAUUCAACAGUAGUUUUGUCCCACCGAUCAGCUGGGCUGAUAGAAAAUCGGUGAGAAUUUCACGCAUUUGCCGAUUUUUAUGUUUUGUGCGUAUUGGUCGAGUCUUUGGCCGAGUCAAAUAAUUUGUAAUGACUUGUUUUGAAUAAUAAAACGGUCUGUAUGAGAACUUGCUAGGAUAACUUUACAGAACACCGGGUAGGAAGAAAUUAUAGGUAGGAAGAAAUUUCAGAACACCGGCUGAGGUACUGUAGUGCUCGAGGGAGGAGCAGGAGCAAACCGAAACUCUUUUAAUCUGCCUUUAUUAAGUAACACUCACUCUUGUUUCGGUGAAGAAGAGAAAAGGCAGUGUCCAUCUCAGCAAAAUAAACCCGUUCGGCUGCUAGUUUUGUUUUCAGUCUCGGGUUUAUGGUUUCACGAGCGGCUUGAAUAGGCGGCGUGUGCGCGCGUGCGUGUGUGUGUGUAACUUGGCGACACCAAACUGAGGAGCUCCAGCUGGGCGGGUGAGCAGGAAAACACAUCUACUGCAUUAAAACACAGAGCAGCUUGAAGGGUUUUGCUGUGAACAUGACUAACCUCCUUUGGAAGUCAAGAAAUAUUCACCUCGGCAUUGCCUUCAUGAUGUUUACAUGUUUCUACAUACUAAUAAGUUAUUUUAAGUAUAAUACACUUUUCAGUGGAAAAGUAAGCCAUCCACACCCAAGAGCUGGAAUACAGAAGCCUUACACAUUUUCUGGCUCAGUUUGUCCAGCAUCUAUAUCAGCCAACAGCAUAACACCUAUUAGAGGGACCAGGUACCUAAUGGUGUCUGCUUUCAUCAGCGAUGAGGCAAAUGGGAAGGCAAACAUCAUUGCUAUAAUGAACCGGACCCACUCAGAGCCAUUUACCUGUAUAUUUUGCUGUUCCCCGCAUGGACUCAGUAUAUCUCCUGUAAAACUGGACAAGCAUAUUGAUCACUUUGGAUUCCCUUUUGUGACCACAGAUGCAUUCUGUAACAUAGAACCAACAUGCAAUGCCACACAUGUGACCAUUUCAAGACCAGAGAACCUUCUAGAAAUUCAGCAUCACCUGUAUUUGCCUCUACAGAAGCUCCUGACACAUGGGGGAGAUUUUGACGUGGACUUCACGCUGUGUAUUUCUUGUUUGUUUGGGGGGUAUAAUAAUGUCCUUCAGUUUGUGCAGACUAUAGAGACAUACAGGCUUCUUGGUGUGGAGCAUGUGGUUAUCUACAACUCCAGCUGUGGCCCAGACCUUGAGAAGGUUUUGCAUAGCUACAAAGAAGAUGGCAUCUUAGAAAUAAUCCAGUGGCCAAUCCAUCAUUUCCUAGAGCCAUCCAAAGGCUGGAACUAUGAGUUACACUCAGGGGAAGUGCACUACUAUGGGCAGCAAGCCACGAUAAAUGACUGUAUCCACAGGAAUAGGCAGAGGUCCAAAUAUGUGAUUCUGACUGAUGCAGAUGAAAUUAUCAUGCCAUAUCAACACUCAUCCCUGCACCAACUCAUGACAGAGCUUCAGCAAAAUAACCCUUACGUGGUGGCUUUCAUCUUUUGGACACAUCUCUUCUUCAAUGAAAUGAACAGAGACAGUGAGAGAUUGAACCUUCCUCAGUGGAGGCAUGUGCCUGGUGUCAACAUCCUAAGACACAUCUACAGAAAGCCCUUAAAAUGGUGGGCCAACAACAAUAGUAAGAUGAUUGUUGACCCGAGGAAGGUGAUGCAGGCAUCCGUGCAUACUGUGUAUAAAAUCAAUGGAAAGUCCAUCUGGGUGCCCAGUAAUUUGGCUAUGGUCAUGCACUCUAAACCAAAGUUUCCUGAUUUAGGCAGUGAGAAACUAAUCAUGGACAAUAAGAUUUGGGAGUAUGCAGAAAGGCUGAUACCAAAUGUUAAUAAAGUGCUGCAUAAAUCUGGGAUUUUGAAGUGAAAAAAAAUUGUCAAUUGUGCAAAAAAACUGGCUAGUCAUUUAAAUAUUU